AUGGCGCAGUCCGUUGCGCACGCUAACUUGUGCGGUUUGCAUGGAAAAGGCCUAAUCCAUGGCCCCUACGCGUGCAUGUUGCCACCGGUUUUGUAUGCCAUAUUUGGAACGAGUCGACAUGAUAUGGUUGGAUGAAGCUACAAACCGGAGUACUCGAAAACUGAAAAUUAUAACCGAGUUGCUGACUGAAAUAAGGGAGGUAAGUAGCUUCUAAAGGUGCUGACUUCCUUGUUCAGUAUCUCGGUUAUUCUAUAAUAUCGAUUGUUUGAUCCAUUUUUCUCUCGUUGGCUUACAAGUUCUACUCUUCUGUGGAAGCUUGUCACAUCGAUUCAUCCUGUAGGUAGAUGCUAUAUGUCUAUCAAGGGUGCACAGAACAGAACAGGCCUGUCUUAUAUGCGUCUAAUUAUCUAACGGAUAUUUAUAGGUGAUUAAUCACACAAAAUCGGCUGCGCUACAACUUGCACCUCUCUACUUCCCUCGCUAGUUACUUCCUGUAUCUCCCUCGCUCUUCCUCCAUAAUUGUGUGCUCGUUUUGAUCAUUUUUCUAGCGCAGGGGUAGCUCUAAUAGUUUAAGUUUCACCCAAUUCCAAAGAAGUGUGGUCGGAGUUGUCUCUUCAGAGUUGUAGAUCCCACUUUCAUAGAAAGCAGUGUCGGGGGGACUGGCUUAGAUUAGACCUCCUUUGAUGAGUUUUUUCUUUCAUAGAAAGCAGUGUGGGGACGGGUGGAUUGGUGGCACUUCUUACCGGUCAAUUCAUCCACGACAGUGGUGUACCGGUCGAGGAGCACUCAGUGGCAGAACAGGUCGUCACCAUGUCUGCAAUGAUAGGGUUGAUUUAAGGCUUCUAGACACUCACCAUCUGGUCGUGUCAGAUACAACUAUCCUCAGUGAAUGCGAUCCCCUUGAUUUAAAGGGCACCAAAGCGUGGGGUAAGUAGAAAGCAACUCUCUCAAGCAGGAAUAGUGAGUAUUCACCUCUAACUGAUGCUUAUCCUGAUGCGGCUAGUGAGUAUUCACCUCAACUCUCUCAAGCAGGGAUGGGGAUAGUGAGUACUCACCUCUAACUGAUGCUUAAUAUCCUGAUGCGACUAGCGUCGAGUAUUCACCUCUAACUGAUGCUUAUCCUGAUGCGACUAGUGAGUAUUCACCUCUAACUGAUGCUUAUCCUGAUGCGACUGCUGAUGCUCCAGGCACUGGUCAAGUUCCUGAGUCGAGCUGCCUUAAGCGGAUUUGUCAACGCAUCUGCGGUUCUGAUCAUUGAGAGCCAAGUUCGGGAUGUCAUUGGUCUCAAACACGAAACCGUCGUACCCAAGGAUUUUCCGAUGAAGGUCUACAGACUUUUUUCGCAAAUCAGCAAUGGGGAAUUCGUUAACUACGCGAUUGGGAUGUUGUUAUGAUGCUCUUUUAGAAAUCUAGAUCAUGCCGUGAGUCCUCGUCUCCAACCUAGAAGUAGAUCUCUUUUACAGUUAGACGCAUGAUCUAGAUCUUCUCGUUUCGAGACGAGUCUAAUCCCCGGCUUGCUGCAGUUGUUUUUCCUUUUCGGCAUGAAGAGCGUCGGGAAGUCAAAGUGGUUGAAUUAAGGGUUGGAAGUUGACCUAUCAUCUAAGCGGGGCAUCUUUAUGGCUUCUUCAAGUAGGAAAGCCAGAGAUAUGCGAGCCAGAGAUAUGCGACCCAACUUUCAACCCCUAACUGAAGGAAUUGCCAGAGACGGACUCUUCUUUCUCCAUGCGAGAGCUAGUGAAACUAUCGAUAAAGCUCAAAGAUCUAGUGGUGGUCUUUCUCGCCUUCGUUGCGUGUUAUGUGCUGACAACGAAAUAUGGCAUUUUCCUCAACAACGUGGGAAAGUUGCAGGGUGGUUUUCCGCAAUUCGUGUUGCCACCAUCCCCCGUUGAGCAAGCAGAUGUUUGGACGCCUCCGAGCAUAUCAAAUCUACUCUCGUCGACGUCUCAGAUGCAUGUUGUAGGCCUUGAGCAACAAGAACUACAGGAAUUGCCAACAGACUGUCAGGCACUACUUGCCAGCAUCGUCGAUCCGCAGGUACCACCUGAGAAAUUGCCUGCCUUCGUUGUGAGUAAGCUGAUGCAGCAGAGCCUUGUCUCACCAUCAGCAGACGCAGUAGCUCCAGCAUCAAAAAA